AUGAAUGGGACAGAAGGGAUUAACUUUUAUGUUCCCCAUUCUAACAAAAGUGGGGUGGUACGUAGUCCCUUUGAAUAUCCCCAGUACUAUCUAGCAGCCCCCUGGAAGUUCUCAGUAAUUUGUGCAUAUAUGUUUAUCCUGAUUGCCACAGGACUGCCUAUUAACCUCCUGACACUGGUUGUGACCGUUAAGCACAAGAAACUACGGCAACCACUUAAUUACAUACUGGUGAACCUUGCAGUUGCUGAUCUCUUUAUGGUUUGCUUUGGUUUUACUGUCACAUUCCUUACAGCCAUCAAUGGUUACUUCAUAUUUGGACCCAUUGGCUGUGCUGUGGAAGGCUUCAUGGCCACACUAGGAGGUGAGGUAGCCCUCUGGUCUCUGGUAGUCCUUGCUCUUGAACGGUAUUUUGUGAUCUGCAAACCCAUGGGGAACAUCCGAUUUUCUAACACUCAUUCUGCAAUUGGCAUUGCCAUUACGUGGCUGGCAGCCCUUUCCUGUGCAGCUCCUCCUCUUGUUGGUUGGUCCAGAUAUAUCCCAGAGGGCGUGCAGUGUUCUUGUGGACCUGAUUAUUACACACUGAAUCCUAAUUACCACAAUGAAUCAUACGUGAUCUACAUGUUCGUAGCUCAUUUCUUCAUUCCUGUUACCGUCAUCUUUGCUUCAUAUGGGCGCCUCAUAUGUAAAGUAAAGCAGGCUGCAGCACAACAGCAAGACUCAGAAACAACCCAGAAGGCAGAGCGAGAAGUGACUCGCAUGGUUAUCCUGAUGGUCAUCGGGUUUUUGACAGCAUGGACACCUUAUGCUACUGUGGCAUUCUGGAUUUUUAUGAAUAAGGGAGCAGAAUUUAGUGCUACAUUCAUGGCAGUGCCUGCGUUCUUUUCUAAGAGCUCAGCACUCUAUAACCCCAUCAUCUACAUCUUAAUGAACAAACAGUUCCGUAACUGUAUGAUUACUACCUUGUGUUGUGGGAAGAAUCCAUUUGGAGAAGAUGAUGUUUCUUCUACUGUUUCAAGCAAGACAGAAGUCUCAUCGGUGUCUUCAAGCCAAGUGUCCCCUGCAUAGACAACAAAUAGUUCUGCCUCGUCUACUACUUUUGCUCCUGGCAAAAGGUGUACCAUCCCAUCCACACCUUUACGAUCAUGAAAAAAAUACACAUCUCAAUCAUCUGCAUGUUUUGGACACAGAAUAAUUAUUAAGCUUCUGGUUUACAAAGCAACAUUUUGUAGCAGGGUCAAACCAAGGGAUUAAACUAUAAUCAAGGCAAGGCCAUAGCUCAGACAUUAUUUAACAGUUAUGUUUUAGUUAUGUAAAUUCACAGAUUAGACUAAGAGUUGAUUUGGUUCAUUCACUAAAAGCCAGCUUCUCAUGACUUGAAGAUGCAGAGUAUUUGUUAGCAUUUUAAUAACAGAUGCCUGUCAUUUAAAUAAGCACUACUUGAUGAAAUGUGAGGAACUCUGAGACUUUGUGAUAUUAAGCCUAACCCUUGCCUUCCUGUGUUAAUUGUCUGUUAUGACUCUUAAAUACAAUAGAGUUUUAGAGCA